AUGCCCAUGGCGGCGAUACACGCUUACCAAAAUCUCGGUGUAAACCAAAAAUUGACUCAGCUACAAAAUGCUAGACGUCUCGCACCAGCACCCGUAGACGCUCGAUGCAAAAAGAGAUCUUAUCUUCAUCAAACCUAUCCCACCCAACCUGCUUCAGUAGCAAGAAGAAAUGCAAGGGAAAGGAAUAGAGUGAAACAAGUUAAUAAUGGAUUUGCUGCUCUUCGACAACAUAUUCCAUCAGCUGUAACUGCUGCUUUGGCAGGCGGUAGAGGUUCUUCACGAAAAUUAAGCAAAGUUGAUACUUUGAGACUAGCGGUUGAAUACAUAAGAAGCCUUAAACGAUUACUCGAAGAAAGUGAAGAAGGUUGCAAUGAAGCUCAAAUGAGUUUGGGCUUGAGUUCAAAUGGACCUCAAACACCUCCUUUCUCAGAAGAAUCCCAUUCACCGGCACCGUCACUCCUGUCAGAGGGUUCAACAGGUCCAAAUUGUCAAGAUGCUUAUGAUUCUUAUGAGCCCAUGAGUCCUGAAGAUGAAGAAUUAUUAGAUGUUAUAUCAUGGUGGCAACAGCAAUGA